AUGGCACAGACUGCAAGCGAAGAUUUUAGAAAAUGCAAGCCAUUAUUGAGAAAAUGGCAAAAGGAUCUUGACGAUGAUCAAGAAGAUUUAAUUCUAGAAACGUUCGAGUCAAUAAUAAAUAAUUUUAAACCGGAAGUGUACAGGCAAGGUUUAAAAGAAGAUUCCUUUGUACAUGAAGUUUUUGAACCUGUGAUCAGGCCAUUUUUCCGCAACAUUAAUUUUAAAUGUGAAUGGUCAACCGAUGUCUUGGAAGCGUCUGUACAUAGGAAACGUAAAUUUGACAGGGACGAAAAGCUGAUUUUUCAGUAUAUUUGCCUAUUAGAGUCUGCCGAUUUCAUUUUAUCAAAUAAAAAUAAAAUCUCUUUGGAAGACUGUGAUUUUGUAAAAUUAGGCAACGAAAUGAAGGAUAUAAUUGACAAAUGUAUUGAUGAUGGAGUAAAAAGUAAUGAUUUAAUAAUUUGUGGUUUAUUGGUGGAAGGUUUUCAAUGUCGUUUAUUUGUUAUGGAUUUAAAAUAUGAAGCCAUAUAUCGGAUGAUUCUUUUGGGGAAAAUUUAUCUCCCUCGAGAUAGUUCUGAUCUUGGCGUACUUCCCACUUCAAUAGAACGCCUUAUGCAAAUGAAAACUAUAAUGACCCGUUCCACCGAAAUCUGCAAAAAAAAUAUUCACUUAUCUAAACGUGAAACAAUUCAAGGCAACGUGACUUCAAUUAAUGAAAUGACGCGACCAUCUUUUCAUACACCAAUAAAGGAAGCAUCUACAAAAGAUAUUUCGCCACUUAUCGAGAGCCAUUCUUAUGAGGAGAAAGGUAUUACUCCCGAUCCCUUGCCUGAAAUAGAAUAUAGCUCAACCCAACCUGAAUCUUCAACGGAGCCUGAAACAUCUACAACUUCUUUAUCACAAGAUAUUAUCCAUGACGAUUCAGCUGAGAUCCUUGAUUUUGUAGAAACGAUACAUAAGGAAAGGAUUAGUAGUGAGAUAAGAGAGAGGAACCGGGAAAAAAAACUUCAAGAAUCACAUAAUAACUCAACUCCACCAAUACAAUCUGAAGUAUCAACCAUGUCGACAUCUGAAUCUCUGGACUCGAAAACUGUGAAAAAGCUUUGGGAUCAGAACCAAAAUAAAAACCAGGACAAAAUAUCUCAAUCGCACAAGAAAAAGGGAACAGAGAAUAUCACUCAUGUGAUAGCUGAUGGCAUUCAGGAUAAUAUUAUUUCAGAUUCAAAUUAUGUGACUGAAAUUUCAGCGACGGCCCGUCAAAAUCACAUGAGUGGAAUUUUGACGACGACCCGUUGCCAAAAUCAUGUAACCGAAAUUUUACCUAAGAUCUUACCAGAAACCAAGGCGAGUGAAGAAAGUAUAUCAUCUACAUCUCAACUCGAGAAAACUUUACCUGAAAAGCAAAAUAAUCCGGUUUAUUCCUGUGUAAGUUUUCGUAAGAAAGUAUUAGAUCAAUAUCUCGAUCUAUAUUAUGAAUUUAGUAGUGAAAAUAUUGAUUACUACAGAAUCACUGACGAGACAUUAUGUUCAUUAUGCAAUUUAGAUUAUGAUGAUGAUGAAGAUAAAAUUUGUUCCAAGUUAUAUAAAAGAUAUAAGAAAGAAACUGGGCUCGAUCCCUGGAUAAAGUCUGAAAAUUCGGAAUUCUCACAAAUUGAAGAGGGUAGUUAUACCCCACAGAAUUGCGUUAUCAAAAUUUUCAAGUUUCCAGAAGAAAAAAGUAUAAUCCUUGAAACAGUACAUAAACGCUUCCCUUUCUUGUCUUACACUAAAUCGAAUGCAUGGUACCGAGAUGUAUUUAAAUAUACCAAUUCAGAAGCUAAAUGUCCGGUGUGCAAAGAUGUACAUACAUGUUUAGGUAUAUGGGAUGACUGGAGCUGUCUAGGUAAAAAUGAUCAUUAUUUUCUUAAUUGCCCUUUUCGUAUCAAUCAAAAGAAAGUUAUUAUUGCCAUACAGAGUUUGCCGGAAACUCAAGUAAGAGUACCAAACAAAAUCAGUAACUCAUCAAUUCAUCCAAACAAAACCCGCCUUUAUCAAUAUGCCAUUGAACAUGAAAUGGAUCCUGAGAAAUUUUCGGUCAUUACUGAGGCUGAGAAAAAUAGAUGGGCCAUGGGGUGUUUUUCUGCUGACUUGGAAAGAGAUAUACGCCUUUAUCGUGGAGGAAUAAAAAGGAGCGAAGAUACCAGAAAAUAUCAUAAAUUUUUAACAGAUCGGGAUAGGCUGAUUGGUGAAGAGUUAUUACGUCGCAGUAUAUUAAAGAGUGGUUUAAGUACUACAUGGCUAGACGAUCUGAUGAAAGAAUGGGAAGAAAUUCAUACUCAAUUCGUACAAAUUUUUAGUCAGAUAUAG